AUUUUUUAUCUGUAUUCCAUUUACAGAAAUAAAAUUUACGAAUUUAAAAAAAGUAUACAAAAACUAUCAGAAAGAUGUAUCGUACAGUGUUUAUAAUGUUUAUAAUUGUAGGCGCUACUUUUUUAUACAAUGAAUUACUUCUGAACUUUGUGGUAUUAAAUCAGUGUCAAUGGCCUAACAAACUAAAUGAUUCUGUACGAGCAAUAAUUUUGGCUGACACACAUUUAUUAGGACCGUUCAAUGGACAUUGGUUUGAUAAAUUGCGUCGUGAAUGGCAAAUGCGAAGAGCGUUUCACGCUGCUGUUUUUCUACAUAAACCAGAUGUGGUGUUCAUUCUGGGAGAUAUAUUUGAUGAAGGUCAAUGGGUAGAUGGUGAAAAUUUUGAAGCAUAUUUAAUGAGAUUUCAUAGUAUUUUUAAUGCACCGGAAAAUGUCAAAGUAUACAGUACAGUCGGAAAUCAUGAUAUAGGAUUUCAUUACAGAUUGCAUCCAUACAUAGUAGAUCGUUUCAAAAAUGCGUUUGAAGAGAGUCAAAAUUCAUUAAUCACUAUUAAAAAUAGUCAUUUCAUAUUGUUGAAUUCAAUGACUUUGUCGCGUGAUGGAUGUUAUUUUUGUGCCGAUGCUGAGGCAGAAAUUCUAAAAAUAUCACAGCGUUUGAAUUGUGCAAAACUUCCAUCACGUUCCACUAACUGUAAAAACUUAAAUAAUAAAUUACCCUUUUAUGCUCGACCAAUAGUCCUUCAACAUUUCCCAACAUUUAGAGUCUCAGAUAAUGUUUGCAAAGAACAUGAUUCGCCUAAAAUAGAAAUAUAUCGUGAAAGCUGGGAAGUUCUAUCUAAAGAAGCCACAAAAUUUCUUGAAAUUCUUAAUCCGGCUGUUGCAUUUAGCGGACAUACUCAUAACUUUUGUAGAUCACUUAACAUAUGGGGUGUAGAAGAAUUUACCAUCGCUUCUUUUAGUUGGCGCAAUAAAAAUAAUCCCAGUUUUCUUUUGGCGGAAUUCUUCAAGAGCGACUAUGCCGUUUCAAAAUGUGAUAUGCCACGUGAAGACACUGUAGUUUGCAUUUACAUUACUACCGGUUCAAUAGUUUUACUAACAAUUAUUUAUAUUGUAUUUUCUUCAUUGUGUUCGAAAAUAACGACGAAAAAAUCAAAGAAAAUAUAGAACAUAUACUGUGUUUUAA